AACAAUGACCCCAUCACUAGGCAACCGGCGCCAGGAAACACUGCAAACAUAGACAGGGGAACAGAGCUGCACUGACCGGCCACAACACAGCAGGUGUUCGUCAUCACGCCAUGGCACUUGUGGGAAAUCAGUACCGGCGCUGCUCGGCCAAACACCAGGAGUCACCGACAUACAAGCUGGCAGGAGUGAAGCACUCGCUGUACAACCCAAUGCUGCCCACUCUUCGCAGGAUGGAUAUGGACAGUGUGGGGCACAAGCUGAACGAGGAGCACAGUCGGAGCAGCACACCCUGUAUGCCCGAAAACUUCCGUAAUGCCAGAUUCGUAACAUUUGAGCCAGCGGAGCUACGCCUGCCGUCCCUGCCGGUCACAGACACCGGAAGGGAGGUUUCCAGACGAUACAGAUCGGGAUCCAUGGAGCACAUCGAGAUUCCUGGGGUGACCCCAGAGGGCAGGCUGAGCCUGACCCAGGCUGCCGCAGAUUGGUCCCGCUGCGUUUCGUCGUGUGGUGAGUUCCAGCUGAGAGACCUAAGGAGACACGUCCUCGGGUACAGUGGAUACGCCGUGCGAUACCUGAAUCCCACCGUGACCCGUUCUUGGAAGUACUGCCUUCGCCAAACGCCAUCCCUGGACUCAACAGGACAGACACCUCUGCCCGCUGACACGCUAAACACUUUUCGUACAUUUGGAUCUUCAUACAGGCAGCCCUGCCCCCUCCCAGUCCCGGAGAGCGUCCUGAACAUGUUCUCGGACAGCACUCUGUAUACGGAUGACCCCACCAGACAUGGCGGACGCAUGCGAAGCUUUGGCCAUGAGCGAGGACACUGGGCCACCUAUGUCUAUGUGCCGGUCCGUCCCAAGGAAGAGUUCUCUGAGCUGCUCGAUGAUCUGCUGGACGUGGCUAGGAGGAAUGGACUCCGCCUCACCAAGAUGGAGGAAUUUCAUAUCAGCCAAUCACAGACAGUUAUCCUACGUCAUCACUGGAUCGAGCCCUUUGUCCAAUCACUGCGGGAGAGGCUGAGCUCUGUGAAUCGGUUCCUGUGUGUCGCCCAUCGCUUGAAGGUUUACGCCAAUCAGGAAAAGACCAGAACUUUCCUGGGCCUGGAGGUGACAGCGGGGCAGCAGCAGCUCCUGGACAUGGUGUCAGAAGUGGACCAAUCGCUGCAGGAGUUCAGGCUGGAGACCUUCUACCAGAAUCCCUCUUUCCAUGUCAGUCUGGCCUGGUGUGUGGGUGAUAUGGUGGAUCUCCUGCAGGGAGCAGUGCGGAAUCAUCUGCAGAGCAUGGUGGAUGAUUUUGAAGAUUCGGAGAUCCUGACUCGAUUUUACGCAGAUGAAAUUUGUUGCAAAGCUGGGAACAAGGUCUUCUCCAUCCCACUGCGCUGACUGGUCACAGGAUGUGAUAAUUCUGCGGAUACUGUUACACAGCCUGCACUGAUAACGGAGUAUUUCUACAUGUAACUGGUGAUAUUAUGUACUGAUAUUUUCUACAAGGUGACAUAUUUUAGAAUAAAACAAUAUGAACAGAC